AACGACGUUCAAUUGCGCGGUGCCUGUGACGUUUGCCGGGAUCUUGACAGAGAUGGUGUCAUAGAGCUGACUACCCGCGGGACCCGAUCCCUGGAUGUGGAAAGUGGGGUUGAAUUUGCCGUCGUACAAGACAGUUCCAACGUCGCUGGUCGUCGGUUUGACAGCGCCAGAGAGCAGGCUGAUGACCACGGAAGCCUCGACGGAGCCGGGCUGCACGAGAGGCUGGGUGAAUAUAAACGGUUGACCCGGCCGUCAGGACAGUGCCUGCGGUGGGAGACUGAAUGGUUAUGCCCUGCACGAAGGACGCGAAUCCGAGCAUCGCGGCAGAGAGCGUGGCGGUAGUGAAUUUCAUUUCGGGCUGAGGCUGAUCGUCGUUUGAGUAGCGAAUAGUCGAUGGCUUUGUUUGAGACUGGACCCCUGCGUCUUGACAUUCACUGGCAUCGCAUGACCGACCGCUAGGCUCGGUUCCGGGGGGACAAUAUUAAUGUUCACGCCUUGAUCUAAAAUGCCUACCACCACUCAAUUCAUUUCGGCCGGUAUGCCGUACGAAAGCCCAGACAAGAUGAGUAUUGUAUUCUGCCGGGUAACAUUGUCUGCCGAGCCCACUAUUUUUGGAUUUGAG